UUUCUUUGAGAAACUGAAAUCAAGUCUCCCAGAAAAGCUGCAAUAAAGGCCAGGGUUGAACUCACUAAAUGCUGGAGAUUUUAAUAUUAUAUUAAUUGUGUACUUUUCUUUACACUCUGAAAAAUGAAUGGUUUAAUUGACUGGAAAUUAUAGAAUCAUUGGUGUACGCUACGGUCGAGACGGUUCUUUCGUUCUCCUUUGAAGUUACGACUUUACAACAGUGAAUUAUCUCAGAAGGCUCAUGUGUUUCCUUUCAGUGUUGAGGUGGUAGAGCAGUGUUAUGGCUGUGAGUCGUAGUGCUGUCUUUCAUGUGUAGAAGUGGUGUUACUCAGGGCAGAAGAUGCCCUCGCCAGACUGUGGCGCUUCAGAUAUGGUGGAAUUCUGCGCGCGCGUGUGUGUGUGUAGAGUUGUCUGGCUGUGUGCCCAGGCAUGCCAUGUGGUCCUCAGAUGGCAGUGGAAUUUAAGGGGAGGGACAGACGGACCACCGCUUCUCUCCCACUGAGACAGGAACAGGAAAGGUGCUCUCUCUCUCUCUCACCUCCUGUAGCCUGUAGUCUGGCGGUUCAGUUUCUGUCGUUAUAUCAGCGCACACACUGCUUGAGCGCCUUCCCUCCUUCCUCCCAGGAUGUGAAAGACCACCGAUUACGAACACCCACGGGGGACUUAGCAAGACUACAAGUAAUGAAGUUACUAAAGUUUGUGCUUAACUGAUUGUUCAUGCGUAGUGUAGAUCAAUGAUUAGUGUAACGAACGCUGUUGGCAUUUUUACUUUUUCUGGGAUUUGCUCUUCUGUCACGUUCUAACUUAUCACAAGUCACUCAUUAGUUAUCGCAGAGGGUGGCUGCUGGUAAAUUAGCACUAUAUUGAUUGCCUCAGGUUCUAAUGCUUUAACCCUUAGAGGUUGCAGUUGUUGGCAGUGAUAACCAAAGCAGAAUUAUUUCUCAUUUGUAGCAAAUAAAUCUCGUAAAAAGUGUUUAUUCUAAACUUUCAAUCAGUGCCACAUUUGCAUUUGUACGUAGUAGAAUUCUGUGUAGAAUUAGAGUUUGACUAGAUGUUAUUGUGUAUAUAGUUUUUUUUUGCAGGGAGAAAAAACAUUCUUUACAUUUUUGCCAUGCGUUUGUCAUUUCCUGACUUCAAAACCAACAGAAAUUGAAUGUGAAUGUAAUUAAUUACAUUAAUAACUAUGUAAUUAACUAUUUGUACAUAAUUACAUUGAAAUAUUAUAGCAAAGCAACAGUAAUAACUCUAGACUUCUAAGGCUUAUCAGCGUUGUGGACAGAGAAAGCGAGAGUCCCCUAUCAAAGCGCCAAAUGCAGAUGUAGUGUGAGGAGAAAGUGGCCAGUGAAUGUUUAGCCUGCCCUGUUUGGAGAGGUUGCGCUAGCCUCACGUCUUGCCCCGCUGGCCGGCUGUCUCAGUCGUGGGAAAGACUGAAAUUACAUCGCUCUCAGGGCUGGUUAUUUUCAGCCACGGCGAGAGCGGGAGAGGGCAGACGCUCGGUCCUCUGGCCCCCUCGAAACAGGACGGUCCUGUCAGCUCACGUCCCGGUAGCAGCCGCACAGCUGAGCGAGAAUGCUGUGUGCCACUUCCCCAGAUCUGGAGCCAGAUGACAACACAUCGUUCUACAUCCUGAAUGCUGGUCAGCCUCCAUUAGUGACCAACCAGUCCCUUGGCAUCCAGAGGCAUGGAGUCCAGCCGCACUCACAGCUCACUGCCACCUCUCCUCCCCUGCAGCCGCUCCUUAAACCCUAUGAGCCUAGCUACGAGUCCCAGGGCUCCAAGUACCCCCCUACUGGAGGGGGAGGGGUGGGGGGAGGUGGAGGCGGAGGGGGCCCGCCCAAGGCCUUUGAAUGCCCCAGCAUCCAGAUCACCUCCAUUUCUCCAAGCUGCCAGCAAGAGAUGGACGCGAGCGAGGACGAAAUGAGGGCCAAGGGUCCGGACGGGGAUUACCACGACAGACCCCUGUCUCGGGAUCACCUAUACCUGCCACUGGAUCACUCGUACCGGGAUUCGUCACUGAGCCCCAGCCCUUGUAGCAGCCUGUCGUCCCGCAGCUGGUUCUCAGACGCCUCAUCCUGCGAGUCUAUCUCGCACGUGUACGAUGAUGUGGAUUCAGAACUUAACGAAGCGGCGGCACGGUUCACACUCGGUUCACCUCUGACCUCGCCAGGCUGUUCGCCCCAGGGUGGCCCACUGGAGGAACCAUGGCAUCAGCAGCAGCAGCAGCAGCAUCAUCACCACCCAGCCUUUGCUCACUCGCUCUCUCACCCGCAUGCCCACUCCCUCUCACCCCGUGGGUCACCCUGCCACUCGCCGCGUACCAGCGUGACCGAUGAGAACUGGCUCAGCCCUCGCCCACCCUCGCGCCCCUCUUCUCGGCCCACGUCGCCCUGCGGCAAGCGACGCCACUCCAGCGCUGAUAUCUGCUACCCGGGCUCGCCCCAUCACUCACCGACUCCCACACCUGGACCCUCGCCCCGAGGCAGCGUCACUGAGGACACGUGGAUCGGGAGUCCCUCCAUGGGCAUGUCACCCUUCCAGUGCUGCCCUGCGGAUACUGACAUCCCCUCUAAGACCAGGAAGACGUCCCAGGACCGCACAGCCGUGAUGCAGCCCGGGAAGGGUGAGCUUGGUCUGGACGAUUCGGGGAAUGUGUCCCCACUGCUGGACUCACCGGCUGAGGAAGCCAUGCACGGUUUGAAGAAGGAUGGACCUGGGGAACAGUUUCUGUCUGUGCCCUCUCACUUCACCUGGAACAAACCCAAACCAGGACACACACCUAUAUUCAGGACGUCAUCCCUGCCCCCGCUGGACUGGCCCUUACCGAGCCAGUACGGUCAGUUUGAGCUGAAAAUCGAGGUCCACCCUAAAGCCCACCACCGAGCACACUACGAGACUGAGGGCAGCAGAGGAGCCGUGAAAGCAGCCUCCGGUGGACACCCCAUCGUCAAGCUCAUUGGCUACAAUGAGAAGCCCAUAAACCUGCAGAUGUUCAUCGGCACGGCAGAUGAUCGCUAUUUGAGGCCACAUGCUUUCUAUCAGGUCCACCGCAUCACAGGGAAAACGGUGGCUACGGCCAGCCAGGAAAUCAUAAUCGCUAGCACCAAGGUUCUGGAGAUUCCACUUCUUCCGGAAAACAACAUGUCUGCCAGUAUUGACUGUGCUGGGAUUCUGAAGUUGAGAAACUCAGACAUCGAGCUGAGGAAAGGAGAGACGGACAUUGGGCGUAAAAAUACCCGUGUACGCGUGGUGUUUCGAGUGCAUAUCCCGCAACCCAAUGGAAAAGUGCUCUCUUUACAAGCUGCCUCUAUCCCUGUAGAGUGCUCCCAGCGCUCGGCACUGGAAUUACCUCAGGUGGAGAAGGUCAGUUUGAGCAGCUGUCCUGUGAGUGGAGGAGAAGAGAUGGUCAUCACGGGUUCCAACUUCUUUCCUGAGUCGAAGGUCAUCUUCCUGGAGAAAGGCCCUGAUGGACGACCACAGUGGGAGGUGGAGGCGAAGAUUAUUCGUGAGAAAAGUCAAGGAUCAAGUAUUGUGGUGGAAGUACCGCCAUACCACAGCAAGACCGUCACCUCUGCUGCACAGGUACAGUUCUACGUGUGCAACGGGAAGCGGAAAAGGAGCCAAUCACAACGAUUUACCUACUUGUCAGUUCUGGUUAAGCAGGAGCACAGAGACGAUUUGGAACCCCCUGCCGUCCCGCCUAUGCCCAUGCCCCUGGCGCAUGCCACCAGUCUGGUCCGUUCUCAGCCGCUGUCCUCCCCAGAGCACUCCCACCCGCAGGACGGCCUUCUGUCCAGCUCCCCACGCGCCCUGGCCCCCGGCCUGCACCCACUGCAGGCACCCUGUGCCCCUAUGGGCUCCCCCACCUUUCCCCACCUGCCUCCUCACCUUCAGGUCCGAGGCCUCCACCCACCUCCAGAAUGCCAGAUGCCCUUCCACCCGGCCCCAACAGCAUCCUACCCGCCUCUCCAGCACAGCUUGCCCUUUAACGGUCAGCCUGGUCUUCCCAUGCCUGGCACCACUUCCCCUCAGGCCUACGAGCGCAUGCCAUUUCAGCCCGAUCCAGCCGGGUGUCACCCUCUCGGGAUGGGGAUGAUUUAUGGGCCCCCUGUUUCGGCCCCGGCCUCUGGAGUAGGGGGUCCAGCCUCAAGUCCUAGCCAUGUAGCAUGUACUGGCAAUAGCCAGCCCAUGGCCCACUCUACCCCUCACCUUCACUCUCUGGGCUACCACUGUCCCACUCCAGGUCAGCUGCCCCCUUCGCCCACUCAUGCCCUCGCACAACCGGCCUCACAGCUCCAGCGACCACUUGGCUAUCACCCGGCUGGUCAGCGCUCUGCCUCCUGCCCCACGCCCUCCAGUGCCCCCGUCCAGAUGGUGCCUUCGCCCCACUCUGGCCCUUCCUCGCCCCAGCUCCACUCAUUGCCCUACCAGUCUCCCACCUCGCCUUCACCAACCAGCAGCCCCCUGGGCCCCCUGUCCCACUCAGGACAGCCCUCACCCCAGGCCAGCAGCCCCGUCCUCACUGGGCUGCCAGCCACCAGUCCUCUUGUGCAUCCUUUGGCGCAGCAGCAGCAAGGCCCAUUCCCUGCGGAGGGAGAAAGGCUGAACAUUAAGCAGGAACCUGAGGACAGAGAGCUUACCUUCCGCUCCAUUGGCCUGCAGGAUAUUACACUGGAUGAUGUGAAUGAAAUCAUUGGCAGAGACAUGUCUGAGGCUCCGGGGGUUCAUGGCACCUCAACGGCACACAGUCAGUCCUAGCCCACCGCCUGCUGCUCUGUUCCAGGCAGCAGAGUGUGUGAGCAGCCCUGCGGAGCUGUGGACUCAGUCAGACGCAGCCACAGCGCUUCCAUCCACACAUCCAGCCAGGCCACACAUGGCACAGGGACGUCUCGCCCCUCGCUGGCAUCCAGCUGGGCCAAGACUCCCCCUUCGCCUCCUCUGGACCCACCAGGCAUGAAGAGAGAUGUCAUAAGAAGACUUCUGGGGGAGAGAGAGCUCACACACACACACAAACACAAACAUUCAGGAUAAUAUUGGUAUGUGGUUGUUCCUAACAUGCAUAUUUCUCAGUACGUAGCUUGAAUAAGUCGAGUCUCUCGCUCUCUCUGCUUGUUUUUUUACAGUAGUUCUCAGGCUUUUUCUUCAAACGGCAAAGAUGUUUCGGAUCAGCCAUCGUAUGAAAACGAGCAAACUAUGCAGCCCAUGAUCCUUAUAACUAGCGUAUGCAAUAUAAACCCACAGUUGCAUCAACCAUAAUGGCAGAAUAUGUGUAGAUGCUGGUGUCUGGGAUUGAGUUGGAAUGGAUGGAACGGAAUUCAAGAGGAAUCAACCCUCACUUUUUGCCCCUUUAACCAGCCUAAGCGCGCCCUCUUGAAAUCAGCACAGUCUGGUGGCGCCCUCUGGAGGACAAGCCAGAGCGUUGCGGACGUGUGAAUAAUAUGCAACAUUCCACACAUUUCUAGUGUCCUUUUUGAGCUGUAGAUAUGAUCCCCUCUUUCUCCUCUUCAGGUUGAACAAAUGCCUUAUAAACUUAGCAGCUUGGAUUGACUGAAAAAAAGUUUUGAGUAUAGAUGUUCUUGUUUCUUUUCUCCUUCCUCAGUCUAUUUUUUUCUUCUUCUUGAGGCUGAAUUUUGUGCUGAGGACAUGGUCUAAAUGUUCUCAAUCAGGUUUGAGUGUCCCAUUUGGAGUCAAGCUAUUCUGCGAGUGUGAUCAAGUGUGUCGGUCAAAUAUAACUCCUACAGCGCAAUAUGUACAAACUAAAUCGAAUAGUUUCUAAAGACGUCUAUACUUCAGUAGAAAUGCAUAGAAACAGAUGAAUCGAUUUAUUCAGUAAGCUGAUAACUCCAGUGUGCCUUUCAAAUGACAAUCACGCUCAGAUCUAUAACAGAAACAGUCCAGAUAGCAUCUUUAUUUAAUGUUUUUUCAACGGUGGCCAUAUUGAAGUGGUUGGGAAAGCUCUUUCUCUUGGUCCUGCAAAAGGCUGCAUUUCUACAAUCUUGACAAUCAACAGCUAUCUACUCUUCAGUAUGCUUUCCUAAAUGCUGUGAGACACAAAGUUGAACUUUGUGUCCCAAAUGGACAUUGGAACAAGUGAAACCACAUUUUCGAGUCCAGCCAUUUUGUUUUAUAGUGGUAGCCAAAAAAGAUAGAUCUGAUUGUGAAGGGAAAUUCCAUCGAUUUUUCAAAAUGUCUGCUUAAUUCAAACAUUAAGACACAAAGUCACUCUGAGUAGUUUAAUGUGAAAUGCUCAGUUCUGGAGAAACUUGCAAAAGUGGAAAGAAAAUGCUGGAUGUUACUAAUGCAGACAUCUUAGUAGUCACAAAUUUCAUGUGUAUGUAUAUAAGUAAAAUGCCUGAAACCAUUUUAAACAUGACCCCACAUAAGAACACAGCUUUGUUUAACAACCAGCUCAACAUACUGAUUACAGGCUAACAGGCUAAUAUAUAAUGUUCAGAGUGCAACAUAAAAAGUACAACAUAAUGUUUCCUGAAUCUUAGAAGCUUCAAAUGUCCACAGAUUACCUAAAAACAGGGUAGGUAAUCAACAGCAAAGUAUAGCAACUCUAGCUUGGUGCUAAUGUAACAUUGAAAACCUCAUUAAAGAGCUAACAAAGGUUACCAGUAGUGUGGUGGCGUUAUUUGGAUAAAAGGCUGCUUAUAGAGUGGAAGUUUCUACCUUAAACACUGCUGUAAUGUAUGCUUAGUUAAUGACAAAUACAGAGGGGAAUCAUAACAAAGGCUGUUUUGCCACCCAAACCAAACUUUGGUUUCCAGAUUUAGCUGUUUUACCAUAAUCAGCAUUAUAUGUAAAAACACAGAAGAUACAUGUAGGUUUACUGCUUGUUUUAUAUAGUAAAUAAAUUGGUUGUAGUUGUGCUGUAAACAUUGUGAUUCCUGGUUCUUAUCAGCACCAGCUGGUAAGUUUCUCUACUAUGAACCAUUUCACAUCAGACUGCUCUGAAUGACUUUGUUUACAUCUCAGAGAUUGAGGUGGAAUUUGGUGGAAUUCUCCUUUAUAUAAAGCAUUGUACUAUUUUGAUUGCAAAUCCAGUGAAAAUCAGUGUUUGUGCUUACAAGUGGACAUGCAGCAAGUAUAGCCCAAAGUAAGAGAAAAAUUCAAGGAUUAAUGGGAUAGAGACUGGUCUCAAACUCUAGAUGAAUUGAUUGGGUGCUAUCUUUCUGUAAGAUAUGUAUUUUUAGCGUAAUACCAUAACUGGGGUUUGACAGAAACAAAUUUAUGAAGAACUGUAUUGGCUCCUUGCCUUAAAAGCUUUGAUUUGAAAGUAAUAACUAUUGUGUGUAUAUUUUUCUAUUGUAAACUGGUAAAGCCACUUAAUAGGGUUUUUUUGGGGUCUUUGAGACUAAGCCGUAUUAAUGACUGUUGUUAUAAGUUGAAACAUGGAAAAGAGAAUGAAAAAGAUCUGCUAUGCACUAAAAACCUGCCUGUUGCCUUUGAAAAAAAUAAACAAACUAAAAAAGAAAACCUUGAUGCCUCUAGACAUAGAUGCUGUAGGGAAGCUUAGCUGUAGCUUAGUAUGCCAGACGUUCUUUUUCUACAUCCGAGAACUGUGUGUGUGUGUGAGUGUAAUCCUGCCUUUUAAAGGACUAGAGUGAGUGUCUUAAGAGUGUAUGUGUGUGUAACUGUUCUUUAAAUUCGUUCAGUUUCAGUGGUGAGAAAAGCACAUGGAUGAAUUUAGGCUAUGCAAGGAGACAGACAGUAACGUGAUGAUGCAAUAUUUGGCAUCGACUAAAAAUAGCAGAUAUGUUUGAUAUUCAGCUCUUGCAUUUAUACAUAAUAUAUAUAAAUAUAUAUAUAUAUAUAUAUAUAUGUGUAGUUUUGUUGGUGUAUGUAAACCCAUGUAGUACCAGGUGAUUUCAAUGCCACUUAUUUAAUUUAAACUAUCAAAUAUACAGUAGGAAAGCCUUAACUCGUGUAUGAUAUACAGAUGUGUUUGAAUGUUUGGGUUUGAUUUAGGAGUAGCAUUUUAAAAAAAUCAUCCGCAAUAGGAGGGCAAAACGGAAAACAUGGAAAUUCCGGGACUAAAACCAGGGCUCCCAUCAAGCACCUACUUUUCGUCCUGUUCUUCAAAACCAAAGAGCGAACAAUGUGUUCCCAUUUUACAUACAGAUGACAACACAGACUCUACAACUCUAUUUUUGAUACUUUGAAAUCAUGGAUGUCAUUCCUAAAGUCGGGGGGAAUAUG